GAUUGUCAUGUGAUGGGCAUUUCUCUUCGACGAAUGCGUGUAUCGUUCACGCGGUUUUAUUGGAUGAAUAGUAUAGUAGAGCAUACCUCGGAUUUUAGACCCUUUCCCCCACUUCUCCUUUCCCUUUGACGGACACUCUUCUUCCCCACCCCAACAGCAAUGGUGACGAGCGGCUCCGUCCCCUCGGCUCCCCCGCACUUCGUCCUCGUACCGUUACUGGCGCAGGGCCACCUCAUCCCAGCCAUGGACAUCGCCGCGCUGCUCACCGCCCGCGGCGCCGCCGUAACCCUAAUCACCACCCCCGUCAACGCCGCGCGCCUCCGCCCCCUCGCCGAUCGCCUCGUCGCCUCCUCCUCCCACUCCGGCCCCUUUCGCCUAGCCGAGCUCCCCUUCCCCGCCGCCCCCUUCGGCCUCCCCGAGGGCUGCGAGAACCUCGACCUCAUCCCCUCCCCGCCCCUCUACCUCAGCUUCUUCCGCGCCGCCGCAGCGCUCCGCGGGCCCCUCACCUCCCUCCUCCGCUCCCUGCAGGCCCCGCCCCCCUCCUGCCUCGUCGCCGACAUGUUCAGCCCCUGGGCCGCCGACGUCGCCGCCGACCUCGGCCUCCCGCGCCUCGUCUUCCACGGCCCCUCCUGCCUCACCGUCCUCUCCUUCCUCUCCGCCCAGCGCCACGGCCUCAUCGGCCCCGGCGCCGCCGCCGCGGAGCCCUUCGAGAUCCCCGGGGUCCCGCACAGGAUCACGGCCACGCGCGCCGAGGUCCCCGGGUGGUUCAACGUCCCCGCGUUUGAGGAGCUCCUGCGGAGCAUCCUCGAGGCCGAGGCCGCCGCCGACGGGGUCGUCUUGAACACCUUCGAGUUCCUCGAGGGCGACUCCGCUGCUGCCUACGGCGCCAUGCUCGGAAAACCCGUGCACUGCAUCGGGCCCUUGUGUUUGAGCACUAAGGACUCGGUCGGCAACGUCGGGAGGGGCGGAGACGCCGCCGUCGACACAGGGCGGUGCGUCGAGUGGCUGGCGGCGAAGAAUCCCCGGUCGGUGAUCUACGUCAGCUUCGGGAGCCUCACCUACGUGCCGCCGAAGCAGGUCAUCGAGAUCGGCGAGGGCCUCGCGGCGGCCGGCGCGCCGUUCGUCUUCGUGAUCAAGAAGAGCGAGGUCGCGUCGCCGGAGGUAGCGCAGUGGCUCUCCGGCGAAGGGGGCUUCGAGGAUAGAAACAAGGAGAAGGGGAUGGUGAUAAGAGGGUGGGCUCCGCAGGCCGUGAUACUGUCGCACCCGUCGGUCGGGGGGUUCGUGACGCACUGCGGCUGGAACUCGGUGCUGGACGGCGUGACCGCAGGACUGCCCGCAAUCUGCUGGCCACACUUCGCCGACCAGUUCAUGAACAAGAGACUAGUCGUCGACGUACUCAGGACCGGCGUGGACGUCGGCAUUAAAGGCCCGCUUUCCUACGUGGAUCCGAACAGCGUGCAGUUGGUGACAAGGCAGGAGGUGGAGCGGGCGGUGCGGAGUGUGAUGGACGGCGGGGAGGAAGCAGAGGAGAGGAGGCAGAAGGCGGCGAAGCUCGCGGAGGAGGCGAGGAAGGCGGUGGAGGAAGGAGGGUCGUCUUACAGAGACUUGGACCGGCUCUUGCAGUUUCCCUCGCAGAAAUAUUGCAAUGCGGCAUAUUGCAAUGGGGCAGCGCCAUUACUGGAAGACGAAGGAGGCGCAGGCGGCAAUGGGUGCACUAAUAGAGGACUCGCAAAGGCAGGAGGCGUCGAGCAUAAACAUGGGUCACUGGGCACUGCAACUGCCGCUGCCGCCCUCGUCCUCGUCUCCGUCUCCGUCCUCGUCUCCCUACCUGAAGCUACAUGAAGACGCGACAAUGCGGAGCUCAUGCACUUGUUGAUGUGGCCACCAAAAAUGCAUCGCGUAUAUAUUUAUAUAUAUAUAUUAAUUGAUAAUAACAUCACGUCAACAAAAUGGUCCCUCAAUAUGUCACGUCCUGCACAAGUCAAUCACAGACUAUCAUGUGUCCAAAAAAAAUAUUGGACGCGUCCGGUGCACCAUAAACCAAUACUAAAAUAUGUAUAAAUGAUAAAUUUUCAUAGUACAA